UACAAGAUGACGAGCUUUGCCUUUAUAACUGGCGCGAUUUUCCUUUUAAAUCAAUUUGUACCACAUCAAUGUCAAGAUGGGUCGCUAAGGUUACAAGGGCCAUCAAGUGGAAAUGGUGCUGGCCGUGUCGAAGUAUUGCACAAAGGAUACUGGGGAACAAUCUGUGAUGAUGGAUGGGAUAUGAAAGAUGCUAAAGUCGCAUGUCUUCAACUUGGGUAUAAAGAUGUUGCAAGAACUCUUCAGAGGAAUGAGGUUCCGUCAGGCUCUGGAAAUAUUUGGGUAGUUGCUCUUGAUUGUACUGGAGAGGAAGAAAAUAUUACAAGCUGUUAUCAUAAUGGAUGGGGGAUUCAUUCUUGCUCUCAUACUCAAGAUGCUGGAAUGAAAUGUUCUACAACGGAUUUUGACACUAACCCUAUACGAGUGCGGUUACAAGGACCAUUAAGCGGGAAUGGUAUCGGCCGUGUUGAAAUUCUCUAUCAUGGAUAUUGGGGAACAAUUUGUGAUUAUGGAUGGGAUAUCAGAGAUGCUAGGGUUGUUUGUCGUGAACUUGGUUAUGAUUUAAAUCGUGUACAUGCCAGAACGCUUUACCGAAACCUGGUCCCAUCUGUUCCACCAAGUUCUAGACAGAUAUGGUUAGCCCACGUCGCUUGUAAUGGAAAGGAAUAUAAUAUUACAGGUUGCUCUCAUAAUGGUUGGGGAGUUAAUUAUUGCUCUCAUUCUCAAGACGCCGGAGUGGAGUGUUCAAACACAGAGGUAUUGAUAAGAUUGCAAGGACCGAUAAGUGCUAAUGGUACUGGUCGUGUGGAAGUAUUCUACAAUAAUGAAUGGGGAACGAUUUGUGAUAAUCGGUGGGACAUAAGAGAUGCCCAGGUUGUAUGCCGUCAACUUGGUUAUAAAGAUGCUGCUAGGGCACUUCAUGGUGGGCAGGUUCCUUCUGGUUCUGGACAGAUAUGGCUGGGUUACGUCGAUUGCAAUGGAAAGGAACAAAAUAUAACAAGUUGUCAUCACAGAGGAUGGGGAGUUAAUUAUUGUUCUCACAGUGAAGACGCUGGAGUUGAAUGUACUACAACAGAUAUGCCAGCUUCACCUGUGUCGCUCCGGUUACAAGGCCCAUUAAGUGAAAAUGGUACUGGUCGUGUUGAAGUAUUUUACAACGGCCAUUGGGGAACAAUCUGUGAUGAUGGAUGGGAUUUGAGGGAUGCUAGGGUAGCCUGUCGUCAACUAGGGUACAGAGAUGCUUUCAGACCACUUCAAAGAUACACUUUUCCUUCUGGCUCUGGACAAAUAUGGUUAGCUUAUGUCGCUUGUAAGGGGGAGGAACAAAAUAUCGCAAGUUGUACCCACAGCCCUUGGGGAGUUGAUUAUUGCUCUCAUUAUCAAGACGCUGGAGUGAAAUGUUCCAAAACCGAUUACCCAGCUGAUAUCAAGUCCGUGAAACUAAGAUUACAAGGACCUCACAGUGCAAAUGGUGCAGGUCGUGUUGAAGUAUUCUAUCAUGGAUAUUGGGGAACAAUUUGCGAUUAUGGAUGGGAUAUGAGAGAUGCUAGGGUUGUUUGUCGUCAACUUGGUUAUGAUCCUGACAAUGUGCAUGUAAGGACACUUCAUAGGAACUCGUUUCCUUCUGGUUCUGGUCAGAUAUGGCUAGCGAACAUUGUUUGUGCUGGUGAUGAGCAAAAUCUAACAAGUUGUUCUCAUGGUGGUUGGGGGGAUCAUUCUUGUUCUCAUAAUCAAGACGCUGGAGUAAAAUGUAAUUCGAAAGCUGUAUUGGUGAGGUUGCAAGGACCAUUAAGUUCCAAUGGUACAGGACGCGUUGAAGUAUUCUACAAAGGACUUUGGGGAACGAUUUGUGAACAUGGUUGGGACUUGAGAGAUGCUAGGGUUGUCUGUCGUCAGCUUGGUUACCUAGAUGCUGCUAGGGCUCUUAAAGGAAGCGAGACACCUCCUGGUGAUGGAAUAGCAUGGUUAUCUAGGGUCGCAUGUACUGGGGAAGAGCAGAGUAUUUUAAGCUGUCCUUACAAUCAUUGGCCAUCGUGGUUUAUUCACUUAUUUUGCUCUUACAGGAACGCCGGUGUUGAAUGUUCUACAGAAGAUUUUUCAGCUACGCCCGUGUUAGUCAGGUUGCAGGGACCACAAAGCUCUAAUGGUACUGGACGUGUUGAAGUAUUCUUUCAUGGAAUUUGGGGAACGAUCUGCGAGUACGGCUGGGAUAUAAGGGACGCUAGGGUUCUAUGCCGUCAACUUGGCUACCUCGAUGCUGUUAGAACUCUUCGAAGGGACGAGGUUGUUUCAGGUUCUGGACAGAUAUGGUUGAAUCUUGUAGACUGUUCUGGCGAAGAACAAAAUAUAACUAGUUGUUCUCACAGUCUUUGGGGAGAACAUUAUUGCUCUCAUUAUAAUGAUGUCGGAGUGGAAUGUUCUACAACAGAUAUUUCAACUACAUCUGUGAAGGUAAGGCUGCAAGGACCAUUGAGUAAAAAUGGUAUAGGUCGUGUUGAAGUAUUCUAUAAUGGAUAUUGGGGGACAAUCUGCGAUGAUGGAUGGGACAUAAAUGAUGCCAAGGUUGUAUGUCGUCAACUUGGUUUUCCGGAUACUGUUAGGACUCUUCAAGAAAAUCUGGUCCCCUCUGGUUCUGGACGGAUAUGGCUAGCUCACGUCGCUUGCACUGGGAAAGAACCGAAUAUUACAAGCUGCCCAAAUAACAAUUGGGGGAAGAGCUCUUGCUCUCAUUAUGAAGACGCCGGAGUAGAAUGUUCAAGGACAGUUAUAACUGUAUCGCUCAGGUUACAAGGGCCAUUAAGUGAAGACGGCACUGGUCGAGUUGAGGUAUUCUACAAUGGAACAUGGGGAACAGUUUGUGAUAAAGGAUGGGAUAUGAAAGAUGCUAGGGUUUUAUGUCGUCAACUUGGUUUUAAAGAUGUUGCUAGGGAACUUCGUAGUGGACAGUUUCCUUCUGGUUCUGGACAAGUAUGGUUACAAUCUGUUGAUUGUACAGGUUCCGAGCGUGAUAUAGCUAGGUGUUCUCAUAAUGGUUGGGGUGUUACAUCUUAUGAUUGCAAACAUUCAAAAGACGUCGGAGUCGAAUGUAGUAGAACAGAUUUUUCAACUACCCCUGUGCUGCUAAGGUUACAAGGCCCAGUAAGUGAAAAAGGAGCUGGUCGUGUUGAAGUACUCUAUCAUGGAUAUUGGGGGACAAUCUGUGGUUAUAGCUGGAGUAUGAGAGAUGCUACGGUUGUAUGUCGUCAACUUGGGUAUCUUGACGCUGUUAAAACUCUUCAAAGGAACGAAUUUCCUCCAGGUUCCGGACAGAUAUGGUUGAGUCAGGUCGCUUGUACUGGGAAAGAGCAAAAUAUAACAAGUUGUUCACAUCGACCGUGGGGAGAACAUUAUUGCUCUCAUAAUAACGACGUCGGAGUGGAAUGUUCUACAACAGCUAUAACUGCGCCAAUCAGGUUGGAAGGGCCAUCACGUAAAGAGGGUAUUGGUCGUGUUGAAAUAUUCUACAAUGGACAAUGGGGAACAAUCUGCGAUUCUGGAUGGGAUUUGAGAGAUGCUAGGGUUGCUUGUCGUCAGCUUGGUUAUCCUGAUGCUGUCAGGGCUCUUGAAAGGAACAGCGUACCUUCUGGCUCAGGAAGAAUAUGGUUGAUGGACGUCUCGUGCACUGGGGAAGAACAAAAUAUUGCAAGUUGUUUUCAUAACGGUUGGGGAGUUCAUUCUUGCCACCAUAAUCAAGACGCCGGAGUACAAUGUUCUGCGACUGCUAUAAAUGUGUCACUCAGGCUCCAAGGACCAUUGGGCGAAGAUGGCACUGGUCGUGUUGAGGUAUUUUACAAGGGGCAAUGGGGAACAAUCUGUGACAAUGGAUGGGGUUUGCAAGAUGCCAGGGUUGUAUGUCGUCAGCUUGGUUACCACAACGUUGUGAGGACUCUUCAGAGGAGCGAGGUUAUUCCUGGUUCUGGACCAAUAUGGUUAGACAACGUUGAUUGUACUGGAGAAGAAGAAAAUAUUAAAAGUUGUUUACAUGAUGGUUGGGGUGUUAGAAGUACUUGGUGUUCUCAUGAUCGAGACGCUGGAGUAGAAUGUUCUCCGACAGAGAGACCAAAUGUAAUCGUCAAUUGUUCCAGUUUUAUCGCAGUAAAUCUUGGUGAUGACAUAACAUGCUUGUGUAAAGCAAAAGGUGGAAAUCUUCCAGCCAAUGUGACAUGGUAUAAAGAUGGCGUCCAGUUUGGUGACACAGAACAGGAGCAAAACGUGUUGAAUCUCAGUAAUGUCAGUGAAACAGAUAAUGGAACAUACACAUGUGUUGGAAAAAGCCACACUCUCACGGAUGAAAAAUCAAUUAAGGUUGAUUUUAAUUACGAAAAAUCACACUCGAACAGGUCGAAGGACGGAACUAAAUGGUAUAUUUCUUUCAUCAUCGUCGUGGCUGUAAUUAUUGUUGUACUUUGUGUUGCAUCUGCCGUGGUGUAUUAUCGUCGACGAUGGUUUGGAAACAGAAAUGGUGGAUCGAGUACCGGUGUUCAAGAUACAAAUGCAGAUCAAAUUUACGAAGAGAUUGAUCUUAAAAUUGUGCCGCAAAAAUUCCGCUACCAGUCACCGAAGAGCUCCGUAAGCGAUGGAUACUCGAGAUUAAAGUCCCAAUAAUGCGACUUUAUUUUCAGAAAAAUCACACUCGAAAAGGUCGAAGGACGGAACUAAAUGGUAUAUUUCGUUAAUCAUCGUCGUGGUUGUAAUUAUUGUUGUACUUUGUGUUGCAUAUGCUGUUGUGUAUUGUCGUCGACGACGGUUAGGAAACAGAAAUGGUGGAUCGUGUACCGGUGUUCAAGAUACAAAUGCAGAUCAAAUUUACGAAGAGAUUGAUCUUAAAAUUGUGCCGCAAAAAUUCCGCUACCAGUGACCGAAGGGCUCCGUAAACGAUGGAUACUCGAGAUAUGCUGCUUUAGAUAAGGCAAGAGAUACAGACAACACUUAUCAAACUCUAAAAUAACUAAUCACAAUAAUGCGAUAAAAUUCACGGUAACGAAUUCCCAGAACUGCAUGUCAAGCAUUUUUUAAGUAAACUAAAUACUAAACUGAAUACAACAAAUUUUCUAAUGAUAGGGGGUGGAAAAUAACAUAAAUUAUAACGUAAUGAUGCAAACCUAAUUUAGCCCUAUUAAUCUCGUAUAAUAAAAUUCCAAAACGGGUUGUAAAUUUUGGCAUGGUGCAUGGCCGGAUGGGAGGUUGCCACCAAUUUCCAAAAACUUUAGUUGACGACGAGGUAAAAAAUGAAUAAUUAUUAUACUUAAUUUUAUUCAUAAAAUAUCAUCUGUAAGCUAAAAUA